UGAUAUAAUUAUAAAUUGAGAUAGAAAACAAUAUAUAAGCAAUAUCUUUAUAGUAGUUUGUGUUGAACCACGCUGCACAAUUGUUAUGGCACGCGCAGAUGAUUUUUCCCCCAAACUGGAGAUCCGACCAAACACCAGCCUCAAACCUCCUCCGUUCUCCAUCCGCCAUUUUCAACAGCUUGAAAAGCAGUAAUGGCUGUAUCUGGGAGAGAGUCUGAAACCCUGGUUGACAUUCCAGCCCAUGUGUGGAGAGGGCUUCCAGAUGGCCUGAGGCUGGCACCAUCAGCUGUUAAUCCAGAUCGUAUAGGUGUCUGGGCAUCUUGUCUAAUUCCUAAAGGCAAAAGGUUUGGUCCUUUUGUAGGAGAAAGAAAGAAGAGGUCUCAAGUUACUAGCAAUGUUUAUAUGUGGGAGGUAUAUUUUCCAACCAGGGGAUGGAUGUGUGUGGAUGCCACAGACCCGACGAAAGGAAACUGGUUGCGAUAUGUGAACUGGGCAUGUUCACCCGAAGAGCAGAACCUGUUUCCUCUGGAAAUCAACAGAGCUAUAUAUUACAAAGUGUUAAGGCCAAUCGCACAGGACGAAGAACUGCUUGUGUGGUACAAUGGAGAAGACAACCCAGAGAUAGCAGCUGCAUUAGAGGAAGAAAGGAACAGCAACUUUUACAAGAAAAACUCACCCAGAGCAAAAAGAGCAAGAAAGAAGAAGCUAUUGGAAAAAGCCAGACAGGCUGGUUUGGGAAUAUUAUCUGGACAUAAGCCAUUGAGCACAAGACCUAUAGUCACAGAGAUGCGUGAUUCAGAUAAAGAAAUAAAUAAAGAGGAAGAGAGACCCUCUGUGGCUUCAGAUCCUGCUCAGGAGACUGCACCUUCAUGUAUAAAUCCCACAGAGACCAGGGACAUUUCUCUGUCUCCUGUUCAUACAGCAGUGUUGGAGAAGAAGGAAAAGGAGAAGUCAGAUCAAAAAGAACUGCAACCAAGUGGGAGCUUUGAGAACUCUGCUGAAUCACAGUCUGGAAACAGGUGUGAGAACCUUGACUCAGAAUCGAUUUUUGGCCACUCUGUCAAGGAGAGUUCUGAGAGUCCAUUGCCUGAAGUCACACCAGUGUCAUCUUUAGUUACUCCAGAGCUGGAUGCAGAGGGGGAGCCUGACUUUGUGUAUGAUGCACAAGGUGGCAACUACCAUUGUCAGUACUGUGAACAUAAGUUCUCCACCAAACAUAGCCUGGAGCAUCAUAUUAACAUUCACACCACCAGAAACCACCAGACCCUAACUUUUAAAUGCAGAUACUGUUCCAAGCCAUUUGGUUCUCAGGUAGGCAAGCGCCGUCAUGAAAGACGACACGAAAAUGGGAGUAAAGGCCUAAAAAGGCCUGGAUCGCUUGCUGGAGCAGUAUUUCUCCAAAAUCCUUCAGGGUGUAAUGACACUCCUAUUUUUGGUAGUGUGACAUCUUCAAGCCCCACCAUCAAAAGUACUCAAAACAGUCCGUCUCACCUAAGCUCAGAUACUUUGACUAAAGAUGCCAGUGUUGAGCCGGACCAGUCUUUUAUUUUGGAAGAGAAUGGGGAAUCAAAAGAACUGCACCCUUGUAAAUAUUGCAACAAGGCUUUUGGCACUCACACCAACAUGCGCAGGCACCAGCGCAGAAUUCAUGAACGUCAUCUCCUGCCUAAAGGAAUUCGGAGGAAAGGAAUACUCUUACAGGAUAUUCCAGCCCAUCAGUUACAACAAGGUCAGAGCUUAGAACUCCAGGAGGCAUCUCCACGUAAUAGCCCACCACUUGUCUAUGUGCCUAGUGUGGACACCGAUGAUGAGGGAGAGCGAGAGGACAGCAUGGUUGAUGUUUCUAAAAACAUCUCAGAGAAUCUUAGUCUUUACAUAGAUGGAAAGAUCCUAUCCACAAGCACAGUCAGCGGCUGUGACGUCAUAGAGGUCGAUUCACGUAGUCCAGCAUUAUUUGGUCUUGAUGCUGUCAUCUUAAAUCAUACCCAAAUAAGUCAGGCUCUUCAACUUGAAACACAGUCUUGCCAUGUAAACGAGCUUUCAGUUAUUGAUCAAUCUGUUCCUAAAAGAAGAACAUCUACACCACCACUCCUUCCCACUGUGAAAACAGAACCUAGUACUAUGUUAUCUACUGUGUCUUCGUCUUCUGCUUCCUCACAGUCACCUUCUUUGGGAGGUAAUAUAUUCCCACAGCCUACAGAGACAUUGGCCUUCCAAAAGGAGAAAACAGUUUAUCUUUCUCCAAAAUUAAAACAGCUUCUUCAGACACAGGACAGUCAGAAACCGACCCUUGCUAUUGUUACAGAUAGCCAUAAGUUGACUACUCCACUGUCUGUAACCUCUUUGCCUGCUGCUCAAGGAAAAUUUAAAAGAAGAACUGCUUCUCCUACAAAUGUACAGAACAGCUCGUCAACAAGUGCGGAUAGCUCAAUUGUUGAAACAGGAGAUUCUUUUGCUCUUAUCGUGCCAAAGGUUGAAAGCCAUUGCACAAGCUUUUCUUGGAGUGUAUCCAGCAAAGAGCAGAGAGACUGCAUGAGUCCUUCCGGAAAGGAUUGGCCAGUUUCAGUAAGUGGAGGCAAUUCUUGCAAUCAGCAGCCCCUUGACCUUUCUGGUGCUGUUGGUAAACGAGGUGGCAGCAUAAACAAAGGACCUAGUGAAUCUGUGCUGGAUUUAAGUGUACACCAUAAGAAUGUGGCUGACCACAAAACAAAAUCAAGCAUAUUGUUACAGUCACAUGUCAAGCGAAAAAAGCCCAAUACCAGCAUGUUGGAGAAAGUAUUAAUGAAUGAAUAUUCUGGUUUAAGCUCAGCUGGAGAGGAGGGCUCUCCUUGUCUUGGAAGCCCAGACAUUCACUUGUCCUCAGGCAGCACCACAGUCGUGUCUCCAUCCAGUGGCUGUUCAAACUCAGAACCCUUGCCAUGUGAAUCUGUCUCUCCACCCUCCCUGACCCCUGUGACUAUGAACCCUUCUUCUCCAUCAUCCUCUAGCCAGGCAUCCUCUACACCCCCACCCCCAGUUCUGCCCACAGUCCCUUCACCUCCACCUCUUUCUCAGUUUUCAGAUUCUGUUUUUCCCAAAUUGUCUCCUAAACCUGUUUAUCAUAUGGAAGAUGAAAUGCCAAGAUUCCACGAUGUAAAAGAAGAAUACCUUGAUAGGAAAAAUCAGGAUGAUAAGGACUUUGAUGAUAAAGACAAACAAACUUCUAAGCAGUUCCCUCCUGAUGAUGUGCUCCCCCAAAGUCUUGAGGUCACAAAAAGUCAUUGUGAUGCAGAUUCCUUUUGCAAAUCUGAAACACUAUUUGAGGGCUCAACCUCAGAUCCUGACUUACAUUUGCUAAAAAAUAUAGAUAACACAAUUUCUUUGCAUGAAAAGAGUAUUGACUCCAAUGGCAUUCAAAAGAGUUCUUUUCAUAGACCUUCCCCUCAAGGCCACAAUAAUGCAACUGAUGUGUGUCAAAAACUACAAUCCUCUUCUCCUGUGCACUUAGCUCUAGAUAUGGACUCAUCUUCUCACAAUGUAGCAGCAGAUUCUAAUAUAGAGCCAUUAGCUGAUGAUGCAUUAAUUAAUGAUAAACUAUUGAUUGAAGAUUCAGUUGAAAACACAACCACUGAUGGUGUUUCCUCAACUUGUGUGCCUGAAAAUAUACCAGAUGGAGCAGACACCUUAGAACAGGAUAUGUUUACAAAAAGUUUUGUAUGUAAUGUCUGUGAGAAACCUUUUCACUCUAUAAAACAACUUAGCAACCAUAUCAUAGAUCACGCUUUAGAAUGGCCUUUCAAGUGUGAAUUUUGUGUGCAGUUAUUUCAAAAUUCUGCAGCUCUUUUGAAGCAUCGCUCCUCUCUCCAUGGAGUUGGGAGGAUUUACUGCUGCCCAAUUUGUGCCAAAGAGUUUGCUUUCCUCUGCAACCUCCAGCAACACCAGACUGACCUACAUCCUGGCCAGGCUCAUGCUCACACCAUGGUCGAAAAUGGCAAGCUCAGGCCUCAGAAUUACACUGAUCCUUCUCAGCUGAAUACUGAGAGAAAUUCUUUACAUUCAACUGCUGAUACAACCAUAGAUGUAGCCCCUCAAGACCCAUGUGAAUUACUUAACUGUAGUGGUGUUAAAGAGGAGGGUGAUGGAGUUGAACACGAAGACCCCACAGAAGAGCUGUACACUACAAUAAAGAUUAUGGCUUCUGAAGCCGGAAAGCCCAAAUGCCCAGAUGUACGCCUUGGCAUCAAUCAACACUACCCCAGCUUUAAGCCUCCCCCAUUUCCCUACCACAGUCGAACACCUGCUGAUUCUGUAGCCUCUGCAACUAAUUUCACCACCCACAACAUACCACAGACAUUCAGUACAGCAAUCAGGUGUACCAAAUGUGGCAAUAGCUUUGACAACAUGCCUGAGCUCCACAAACAUAUUUUGGUUUGUGCUAAUGCAAGUGACAAGAGACGGUACACACCAAAAAAGAACCCUAUUCCUCUUAGGCAGAUAGUGAGUCAGCCUCAGAACGGUGUAUUCUCACCCAUUACAGCAGCUAAUGGGGGCCAGAAUGCCUUCCGUAGGAUGGGCCAACCCAAAAGACUUAACUUCAACCAGGAGGUACCCACCACGGUGAAGAUGUCUGUCCUUAAUAAGAAGAAAAAUCAGCUUGUCCAGAAAGCUAUAUCUCAGAAGAAUAAGGCUGCUAAUUCUAUAAAGAAAGCCUCCAAUCAGGAGGUAGCCCAAGAUGUGCAAGCAUGUCCAUACUGCAGUCGAGAAUUUACAUAUGCUGCCAGCCUUGCAAAACACGUUGCUUGCAGUUGUCCUCAAAAACCCGUUGCUAAGAAAAAGAAAGGAGCCCUAAUGCCUCAAAAUAAAAACAUGAAACUCCGAAGUCGAGCAUCAGACUCUGAGAUUAAACAAGAAGGUAACUUGUGCCUGGCCAUAAAGUCAUUGGGGAAAACAAGGACCCGGAGCUCAGAGUUGCUAGAAGGUGAAGUUACAUCAGGUAGUAAUGGUAAAGCAGGUGAUCUGCAGAUACGUGUCAAGAGACCAGCCUUGAACAAACAUCACUUGGCCCCCAAAAGCAAAAAAGGCAGAAAAAGCAAGCCUGAACCUUCAGUUAUGACCUCAUCAUUGACCCUUGCAUCACAGCCAUCUGCAAAAAUGCAGCGUGGUGGGAAAGAUAUGGCUCUCAAAAAAGAAGCUGAGACAAAACCACAAGUACAGCCUAAAAAAGAAAAGCGUUUCUCAAAGAGAAUGCGGGAAAGAGUAGGCGGUCCCAUGACACGCAGUCUACAGAUGGCGAGUGCUACAUCACCUGGAGAAGUGAAGACUGAAGAUCCACUAAUUAGUGAACCUGUACAUGGAGAAUAUAAGGAAUCCUGUAUAAGUUAGCUGAGUGGAUUUUCCCAAUACACCUGAGGAAAGACUGCUGUUGAGAGAUGUGCUGAUACUGCCUCUGAGAUCAGGAGCCUUACCCACCCUUGGAUGCUUCUAUUUGCUGAAAGAAGCAUGCUGUAAAUGCACUUUGGAAAAUGAACCUUUGCGGAUAUCAUGCAAAACCAUAAGGACUUUAAUUCUGAUGUGUGUAAUUUUAUACAUCCACAGACACACACACACACACACAUAUGUGUGUGUCUCUCAAAGUAAUAUUGCUUAAUGGUCCUAAGGUUCCAUUAAUAAUGAUGGCUGAUUAUAUUGCAGACAGGCAAUCCUUUCUCAUUUAAUACAUCCAUUUUUGUUAUUCAUAUGAUUUUGUUCUUGUGUUCCGUGAAAUUUUAGAAUUCUUCUAUAAUGGCAUGUUUUGUGUAAACAAUAUGGCUCGAGUGACACAUAAGUCACUGCUCUAUUUUGUCCUGCUUUACUUUUCACUGCAAAUGGAAAACAAAAUAUAUGUGAAUAUUUAAUGUAAUGCUUCAUACGGAAUGAAACAUUUGUAAAAUGAAGCUCUCACAUUUUAGAGAGGUAUUUUGUCCUUUUUCUUCUCUCUUGUGAACAAAGAAAUGAAACAUGCUGUUUGAUACAGUCAGAAUGAGUGAUAAUGGUAUAUUGUAUGUAUGUUUAUGAUAUUACCUACCUGAACCAGGCAUUGUGGUUUUAUCUGUACCUUUUAUAACCUGUAGCAUUUACAGCAGGACUGCUGGACAUUAAAAUUACACUAAAAUACAACUGAGCAGAACACUGUUGUAACUGUUUAAAUGAGAGUAAUUUCCUUACAUUUUUCUCACACAGGAGUACAUUAAACUAGUGCCAAGAUGGAA